AUCGUUACCAUGUGUACAGGGAACAAACCCCCACACUUGCAGAGAGGGAAGCAGAGUCACUGAGAGUUGAUGCAGUCAGGAUCUUUAGAUACAUCCUAGGAUUGAUCACUUUCAAAUCCCCCCUUUGUACUUUCACCUCUGCAGGGGUCCAAAGGUCUGAGCGCAUGGUCAUUUUUAGGUUGUUGCUCCACUUGCACAACUUAAAUUUCACUCUUCUCGAGUGAGGCAACCGGUGUUUUGCAGGUCGCAGCGCACGACUGAGGCUUGAAAAGUUUCACUUGUUCAGAUAGAAAAAGAGACGGCCGUGUAAAAUGUCAGCCACGCGGAUGCAGCUGCUGUCCCCCAGAGUGUUCAGCCGGGGGCGAAGCGAGUUGUUCGCUGGCUGCAGUGGAGUGCAGCGGCCCGGCGCCGGUGCAGCACCCAGGGUCCGCUCACUGACCUCUCCUCCUCUAUCCUACUCCUCUCCUGGCAGAGCGUUAUCGAGUCUGAGUGCGACGCGGCGCGGACUCCCCCAAGAGAAAAUGUCCGAGAACGGAGUGACGUCCCGGGGCAAAGUGUUGACCAUCGACACCAUGAACCCCACGGUGAAGAAGGUGGAGUACGCCGUGCGGGGGCCCAUCGUGGCGCGGGCUGUGGAGCUGGAGAGGGAGCUGUCUGAGGGAAUGAAGAAGCCUUUUGCCGAGGUCAUAAAGGCCAACAUCGGUGAUGCACACGCCAUGGGCCAGCAGCCAAUCACUUUCUUCAGACAGGUCUUGGCACUCUGCUCCUACCCUGAACUGCUGAAUGACAGCACCUUCCCAGAGGAUGCUAAAAGUAGAGCACGCCGCAUUCUGCAGUCCUGUGGGGGGAACAGUAUGGGUUCCUACAGUGCCAGUCAGGGCAUCGAUGCUGUGCGUCACGAUGUUGCCCGCUACAUUGAGCGAAGGGAUGGCGGUGUGCCCUGCGACCCAGACAACAUUUACCUCACUACAGGGGCCAGCGACGGCAUUGUGACCAUGCUGAAGUUGCUUGUUUGUGGCGAGGGUGCCAGCCGCGCAGGCGUUAUGAUCUCCAUACCUCAGUAUCCCCUGUACUCAGCCGCUCUGGCUGAGCUGGGCGCAGUUCAGGUCAACUAUUACCUUAACGAGGAGAAAUGCUGGAGCAUGGACAUCAGCGAGCUGCAGCGUUCCUUGGAUGAGGCCCGGCAACACUGCAAUCCUCGAGCCCUGUGCAUUAUCAACCCCGGAAACCCCACUGGUCAGGUUCAGAACAGAGACUGCAUUGAGGAUGUGAUUCGAUUUGCAGCAAAGGAACGUCUCUUCCUCAUGGCUGAUGAGGUGUAUCAGGAUAAUGUGUAUGCUGAAGGUUGCCAGUUCCACUCUUUUAAGAAGGUUCUGUUUGACAUGGGGCCAGAGUACUACAACACAGUGGAGCUGGCAUCUUUCCACUCUACCUCCAAAUGCUACAUGGGAGAGUGUGGUUUCCGCGGAGGCUACAUGGAGAUCAUCAACAUGGACGAUGAGGUGAAGGCUCAGUUGACCAAGCUGGUGUCCGUCCGUCUGUGUCCUCCUGUUCCUGGACAGGCUUUGAUGGACCUGGUGGUCAACCCUCCACAGCCUGGAGAACCCUCAUAUGCCAACUUCAUCAAGGAGCGCACAGCCACUUUAAGUGCCUUGGCAGAGAAGGCCAAGCUUACAGAGCAAGUUCUUAAUACGGUGAAAGGCAUCAGCUGCAAUCCCGUGCAGGGUGCCAUGUACUCCUUCCCAUGCAUAACCAUCCCCGAGAAGGCCGUCAAAGAGGCCAUGGAAAGCGGUCAGCAGCCAGAUAUGUUUUACUGCAUGAAGAUGCUGGAGGAGACGGGGAUCUGCCUUGUGCCUGGAAGCGGCUUUGGCCAGAAGGACGGAACCUACCAUUUCAGAAUGACCAUCUUGCCACCGACAGACAAGCUGAAGAUCCUGCUGAGCAAAGUCAAAGAGUUCCACCAGAACUUCACACAGCAGUACUCAUAAGUUCUUUCCUCCCUCACCCACCAAGGGAGGAGCUUAACCGACACAACCAAAAGCCAAUCAGAAUUUAACUGUCACUAAUAAGUGCCUUCUCUACAGCGGCUCUGGUGGUCUCUGUGACGACACACUUCAGCCUCAACAGCUGUCUACUUUGGACAUUCACAGACUGUACACAAGGCACUGUUAUAUGUCAGAAGACAAAACAAAACUGGAGAUUAAGGAAAUAAGUCACAGGCGUGUGGGUCUGGAUUGAAAACAUAGUUUCAUCCUGUGAGAGUAUGAAGGAUGUACAGUAUGUACUGUAGGUUUAUGUUUUUUUGUGAAUAUGAGUAAUAGAUUGCUAAUGUGAAUACCAAUAUAAACAAGAGAGGCUAAAAUAAAGAGAAAGUAAUGCUGCUUGAAAUCUUGAGUACAUAUUCAACUGUUUAAAAUAUCUCAUUCCUGCAGGCAGUACUCAGCAGGGAGAUAUGCAGGACAGACAUUUGCAUGAUGAUUCAGAGAUGAUUUUGUAGAAUCAAAAAAAUGUUAACAGUGUAUGUUAUGUCUCGUUGUUUUGGAACGAGCUGUCAGAUGGGUUCAGAGUUAUUAUUAAGACAAAAAGGUCAGUCUCCUUUGACCGCCAGCAUUGAUGAAAGCUGUUAUGGCUGUAAUUCUUCUUUAUACCAAUUUCAUCUGUUGCAGGUAUACUGACAAAAAAUAUUAACAUUCUUUUUUAAAUCUUCAUGCUUCAUUCAAAGAAGUUAGUAGGCAUUAUUAUGAUUUUUGUGCAGAAACUAAUAUUUAGUUUAACAACAGUUUUCAUUCUUAAAAGCAACAUAAACAUGCAGUGGUCAUCAUUUUUUAUCACUGCAAUCAUUGUACUGUUAAAUGCCAAGGAGUACAGUUCAUCAUUCAUCCAAUGUAACUCAUUAAAGAUAUAAGAAUGGUUGAAA